UGGAUGAAGUCGGGAUCAUCGCGUGAUCGCGUGGCUCGAUAGAUAUUAUUCCCUGGAGGUGCUACGGAAUACCCAUAUUAGUCGUGCGUCAACACUCAGUCAACAUGAACGCUUUUGAUCAGAAGGACUUUUUCGGCUCCGCCAUCGGCGGGACUGUGCCCCGCGGAUGGAUUGAUGCGAGCACCCUCCGCGAGGUCCCCGACCACCAGGAGAUCUUCCUCUCUCCCACUACGCUUUCGAAUAUGAUUAUCGAACUCAACGAGCAGGUCACGACCGAAGAUGCCCUUUCAGCGCUGGGUAGCACAGCUACCCUCGACACCCCCGCCACCGAUCCCCGUAGCGGUGUUCCUGCAACAACGGAAACGGUAGACAAGGCCGCUGCUCUGUAUCAUCUUCGCGACCUCUGCGACGACGGCGAUGCCAUGCAGAUCAUCAACGCACCACGUCCAGUCACCCUUGGCCGGUUCCCUUCCAAUGGCUCCUCAGCAGUACCCGCCUAUGCCGGGGUCGUCUCCUACACCAGCCCCAGACGCCAGAGCGGCGCUGGCCGCAUUCCCGUCCACGGAGAAGGCGCCGCUGCCGGAUCUAGCGCGAUGGGACCGUUGACGAGCAAAUUCACGUGCCAUUUUCUGCUGGCGCGAUUGAAAGAGAAAGCGACGGAUGUGCUAGUAUUUGUGAACGUGCCGCAUGAGGAAUUCGAUAAGACGGGUGAUCCCAGAGGGCUCUCGCGAGAGGAGGACCUGGCUAGUGGAUUGGUGAAUAAGAUGAUUGAGACGUUGGAAGUCAAGGACUGGAGUCUCUUUGGUUCCGCGUGAGAAGUGAUCUACCGGAUGCGGAAGAAAGAUAGCAUGAUAUGGAUCCAUCCGCGUUUCUAUUCUAGGGAUUUCAUUUUUGGAUCUGUCGGAAACUCAUUGAAGUGACAGGACGGGAGAUCUCCACGGCGGAAAAUAUAUCCGCAAAAAUUGUGGCUAUGGAUAGAAGGAAUUAUUAUGUGGCAGAAGUAUCCAAAUGAUCUGUGCAAGGUCAGAAAUAGGAGAGGCGGAUGGAAUCUCCAUAUUCCCUAUAGUCUAGAUAGCAUCAAUAACUAUCAUCUAAGUAUGUGAUCGUACUCACUCUCUCCUUGCAACGACGAGCUCGAGGAAAUCUAAGUAGUUAAAAAGCCUUUCUCCUGUUCUUUUCCCUGGUGAACAAUCAGCCUCAAGUCUGAAGCUAGAUUUCAUACCAGAACAGCACCACACUUGUCAUAAGUCUGUUGUCAUCUUCUCCCAUUAUUCCGUGAUGCGAGACCGGCCCAGAAGCAGGUAGUUAACUAGG